CAUUGUAGUCAAAUUUGCUCUAACGUAAUCGAAUUAUUAUUGUAUCAUAAAACACCUCUUAUCAACAAAUUAUGACUAAAUGAUUAUUUUCUAACGACUUCAACGUAUAAAGAUUUUCAACAUGUGGCAGUUACUCGCGCACGUGAACUCCUGCCAACUUAUGCGGCAAAGGUUACUUCCAGUUAAAAAUAGCAGUUAUUUUGUAAAUAUUGUGAAAACAAAACCGUCGGAUGCUGUAAAACGCUAUAUUUCAAACUUCAAAACUUCAAAAGAAAAAGAUAUAAAAAGCGGUGUUUUGCUCCUUUGUAGCCCGUGGAAGCUCUGUACUGGAGUCAGUUUAGGUUUAGCAGCACGGUUAUUAUAUAAUAAUGGUAUUGUACAUUGUAAAGCCAAUCCUUCGCGAAUUAUACAACGCAGACCAAAUGUUGCUGAUGAUAGUGCUAAGUUUGACUGGAGGAGAUUUUGGGAAUAUCUUCUACCACAUAAAUGGCUCUUAGUUGCUGCUGUUGCUUCAGCUCUUGCCGUUGCCUUCCUAAAUGUUUACAUUCCAGCAAUGUUAGGAGCAAUUGUGAAUGUACUGGCUGAAAUGAGAUCCAAUCCAACUAGGGACUUUGUUGAACAAAUUAAGUUGCCGGCUUUGAAAUUGGUUUCACUGUAUAUUGGACAGGCCAUGUUCACAUUUUUUUACAUCCACCUCUUAGCUCAAGUCGGUGAAAAGGUUGCUGCACAAAUGAAGCAAGACCUCUUUGUAUCUAUUCUACAACAAGAUAUGGCGUUCUUUGAUCAAGAGAGAACUGGUGAACUUGUUAAUAGAAUAACAGUAGACGUACAAGACUUUAAGAGCUCUUUCAAACAAACAAUCUCCGGGGGCCUGAGAGCUAUAACUCAAGUAGUAGGUUCAGCGGUCAGUUUGUUGGUCAUAUCACCACAUUUGACUGGUUUGACUUUGUUCUGUGUACCGUCAGUGGUGAUAGGAGGAACUUUCAUUGGUUCCCUCUUAAGGAAGCUCUCUAGGGAGGCACAAGCUCAGAUUGAAAAAGCAACUCUGGUAGCAGAAGAGGCGAUAUCCAACAUGCGAACAGUGCGGGCUUUCGCUGGAGAAGAAAAUGAGGCCAAGUACUUUGCAGAAGAAUGUAAUGUAGCAGCCAACCUUAGCAUGGAGUUAGGGCUUGGCGUGGGUUUGUUCCAAGCUGGGACCAAUUUGUUUUUAAAUGGUAUGGUUCUAGCGACAAUGUUCCUCGGAGGUCACCUCAUGUCAACCGGUCAGAUGUCAGCCGGUGACGUCAUGGCAUUCCUAGUAAACGCACAAACCGUCCAGCGAUCAGUCGCGCAACUAUCGCUGUUGUUCGGAUCUGUUGUUAAGGGACUCAGUGCUGGGGGGCGAGUUUUUGAGUACAUAAACAAGGAGCCCCAAAUGGACACGUCCGGUACAAAGACAAUAAAAUACCACGAGUUCCACGGUGAUAUCGAAUUCAAGGAUGUCACGUUUGCAUAUCCAACAAGACCAGACGCGGUUGUACUAAAGAAUUUUAACUUGAAAAUACCAGCUGGCAAAACAGUAGCUAUAGUUGGUACUUCUGGUAAUGGAAAAUCAACAAUUGCUGUUUUACUCGAAAGAUUCUACGACGUAAACUCCGGUUCAGUGACCAUAGACAACGUUGAUAUCAGAGAGUUUGAUUGUCGUUGGCUCAGAGGUAGGGCCUUGGGUCUUAUCAGCCAGGAACCUGUUUUAUUUGCUACUACCGUUAAAGAAAACAUAAGAUACGGUAAACCGGACGCUACUGACGCUGAAAUUUACCAAGCAGCAAAAACAGCGAAUGCCGACGAUUUCAUACGUAAUUUCCCCGAUGGGUACGAUACUAUGGUGGGAGAAAGGGGGAUGUCUCUGAGUGGGGGGCAGAAACAGAGGAUCGCUAUUGCGAGAGCUGUUUUAAAAAAUCCCCCCGUUAUGAUAUUGGACGAAGCUACAAGUGCCUUAGAUUCAGCGAGUGAGAAAAUCGUCCAAACAGCGUUAGAGACGGCUUCAAAGGGUCGUACCGUUUUAGUGAUAGCACACAGGCUGUCCACUAUUAUGAACGCGGAUCUCAUUGUCGUAUUGAGUAAAGGGAAAAUUAUUGAGAUGGGAACACACGAUCAAUUGAAGAAACAAAAAGGCCAUUACUGGAACCUUAUCAAACAACAGGACCAAGACACUGAAACCUCGUCUCGAUCGUUAUGAAGAUAGUUUCAAAUUAAAUUCUUAUGAAUAAAAUAGUCAAAUUACAAUA